CGCUGCAGGCAGAGCAUUUUGUUGUGAGUGUUGUUUACGUCGAUUCCGAUUGAAGGUGAAAAUAUAGUUAAAUAUAAAUUUACCCAAAAGUGGACUCCCGUUAACGUAUUUAAAGCUGCCCGAGAGAAGUUGCUGUAAUGGCUCUUCGUCCAGAGAAAGCCUCCGAGCUGAAACAAAUCAUUCACAGCCAUCUGAUCAAGAUGGAUAUUCAUGGGAAGAUCCGAGAGGUGCUGUCUGAGACUUUGAGGAAUGAUCAAGGUACUGCACAUCAAGUGUUAUCUGAGGCAGACUUCCUCCAUGCACUGCAGCGCAGGGGCAUCAUAGAUGACGUGAUGAAGGACCUACACUUUUCUCAGGUAGCACCUAGCCAUAUGGAAACACGAUCUCCUCCCAAAUCCACCCCUCAGUUGAUUGACGAAGAAAACAUUCGGCUGACAAAAACCAAUAUUGACCCAUCCAGGCGUUACCUGUAUUUGCAAGUACUUGGUGGUAAGGCCUUCUUGGAACACCUUCAGGAGCCUGAGCCUUUACCUGGUCAGGUGUGCCCAACAUUCAAGUUAUUCCUGCACUUCCGAAAUCAGAGGUUUCACUCCAAGCCAGUGCCCUGUGCCUGUGACCCUGACUUGCAGGAGGGCUUCCUGUUCCAGAUCCACAUAGAUGGCACAGGAGAGGGAAGUAAGAUGGCAGAUGCAACUACUAUGCUGUCCAUUUACGAUCCAGUUCACUUGGUGCUGAUCAAGACUGACACCUCCAGUGAGACGACGUUGGUCUCAUCCUACUUCCUGGACUGGAGGACAGUCCUUAGUUCACCUAGUGGGAAGACAUGCUUGGCUGUGGAACUGAUGGGAGUGGGAAGUGAAUGCAAGUUGCCGGCUGGUGUUUUGACAGUCAGUCUCGAAUUCUAUCCUCCACUCACAGAGACACUGAGCACUGACAUCAUCAGCACACAGCAAUCUCUAGAAAGACAGAGGACAGCAGAGAGGGAGAGGAUCUUCCUGGUUUAUGCCAAACAGUGGUGGAGGGAGUUUCUUGAAAUCCGGUCAACAAACCAGUCCAAAAUGGUCAAAAUCUUUGCACAGGAUGAAAAUGGAAUCAACAGACCGGUGUGUUCCUAUGUGCAUAUCCUCCGGGCCGGCCGGCUGCUGGAGAGUCCUCGUCGGGCGGCCCGCUUUGUUAGCCUCCUGGCACAUGAGAAGGCCCCGUUGGUGGGAGGAGGAGAGAAGCAUGAGCAGUGGUGCACAUUAUUGGCUUUCCUGUGUAGAGGAAAGGGGGACUGUGAGGACCACUCUACCCUGUUGUGCAGUCUCCUGCUGGGAUUCGGCCUUGACGCAUAUGUGUGUGUGGGCACCAAAGCUAAGGGGAUACCUCACACUUGGGUCCUGACCAGAGGUACCGAUGGAAGUAUAACUUUCUGGGAGAGCCUGACCGCACACAGAUAUCUUCAUCAAGCCAUAGACCCAGAUGCCCCACCUCUGGCCCCCCAGCCCAAACCCUCAUACCCCUACCGCACUGUGGGCUGCGUCUUCAACCAUCAGAGCUUCCUGGCCAACUGUCAGCCCUCUGACGCUGUGGAACUUUGUGUCUUUGACCUCCAGAAUCAAUCUCGGUGGAAAGCAAUGAGUGAAGAGGCUCUGAAGUCAGUGUGUGACUCUGGCUCCAUCAGCUCUCUGCCCCCGCUUCCUCCACUCAGCUCAUCAUCUCUCGAUGCUGCUGCUGUCAGCAAUCAGCUAGAGCUGGAGAUGAGAUACUUGAUCUCCGAGCAUAGGAAGGACUUGAACCUGACAUCCGUUUGGGAUGACCACUUAUCCUACCUGCUGUCCUCAGCCUUGUCAGCAUAUGAGAUGGAGCGCUGCACUGGGGUCUCAUGUGGAAAUGAGGAAUUUCAGGAUGCAGUAAGGAGGGCUGUACCGGAAGGGCACACCUUUAAAGGCUUCCCCAUCCAUUUUCUGCACCGCAAUGCCCGUAGAGCUUUUUCCACAUGCCUCAAGUCCCGAUUCUGUGAGGAGAUAGUGUAUUGUCGUGGUGACCAUGUGAGGCUGGCCCUACGUGUUCGGGUCUUUAUUUACCCAGAAAAUGUGUGCGCCGUGUGGUUCAUGUUUGCUUGUAAGUAUCGCUCUGUGCUCUGACAGCCUCAAGCUGCUGUGAUCUCAAAACUAAUCAAUUUACAGUCCUGCGUAUUGCACAUUUAGACUUAAGGUUUUAAUAUAUACAAUAUUAUGACUGAAAAAGUAACAGGUACGUUUGAUGGCGUUUUUAUGAUCAUACAGACAUGUUUUUGUCUGGCUGUGUCUGCUUUUUAAUGCUUUCCUUAUAUUAAAGUCCCAGAGACUUGCACAUUUUCACUAUUUAUAUACUUAUGUAAAUAAAUCUUUAUAUCAUUUAA